CAUCAUGUCGAAUCGUCUUAUCGAUGUUAUGUGGCAUUGUACCUAAAAACCUAAUGUUGAUAUGUGAUAAAACUCAAAAAAAUUACCAAAAUGUUUUAUGUUGAACUUAUUUUUUGUUAUAUUUACGUGUUUUCAGUUUAAAAUUGUUAUUUAAUUUCUUAAUCAUCUCUGUAGUUAACCAAUUUCACCAUGGCUAGUCCUUCACCUCAAAAUUCUCCGAUGCCUCCGCCUCAAACUACAUCUCUGAUGGGACCACCUCAGAGUUCACCCUCACCUUCACCCAUAGGUUCGGUGCCUUUUAACCAUGGACCUGCUCCUAUGAUGAAUCAUAAUAUGAAUGGUAACAGUGCUGGGACAUCGCCACAAACGAUACAACCAGCGUCACCCAAUUAUCCGCUACAUUCCGCUAGUCCAAUGGGUGCACCAGGACCUCAUCAGCAACAAAUUACGGUGCCUGGAACUAGGCAAGAGAAUUUGAACGCGUUACAACGUGCCAUUGAUAAUAUGGAAGAAAAAGGUAUGCAAGAAGAUCCUCGUUACUCGCAGUUGAUCGCGUUAAGGGCCAGGCAGGGUAACAUGGAAGGUCCUAGACCUCCUAUGCAGCAACAGAAUACAGGAAAACAUAUAUUUAGCUCUAGUCAGUUGCAUCAACUUAGAGCUCAGAUUAUGGCGUACCGACAGUUGACUAGAAAUCAACAUAUUUCACCAGAGCUUAUGAUGGCAGUUCAGGGUAAGAAAACAGAUGGGCAAUUGGGUGUCCAAAGUCCUGUGUCGGCAUCUUCGGAUUCGUUUCAGCAACGUGCAAUGUCUGAAAAUGAUAUGAUGGAUCCGAAUCAUAUGCGACUCGUUGGACCACAAUCUGGCAUGCAGAUGCCACACGGAUCUCAACAGAUUAGGCCUGGUAUGCCAUUAUCUCCGGGAUCGAUAAAUUCGCAAAUGCGUCCGCCUCAGCAGAUGUUACCAAUGCAUCCACAAAUGCCAAUGGCUCAGGGUAUGACGCCUAUGCAGCAACCUCAACAGUUACCACAGCAGCUACCUCAGCAAUCUGCACCACAGGGUCAACAGUUACCACAAAAACAAGGUCGAGUCACUUCGGUAUCUAAGCCCGUUGGUAUCGAUCCUGUAUUAAUUCUUCAAGAAAGGGAAAACAGGGUUUCGGCUAGAAUAGCUAAUCGUAUGGAAGAGUUGAACAGUUUACCAUCAUCUAUACCUGAAAGUCUUAAACUCAAAGCAGAGUUAGAACUAAGAGCUUUACGCGUGUUGAAUUUCCAACGUCAGUUGCGUGCUGAAGUAUUGGCGUGUACAAGACGAGAUGCCACUUUAGAAACCGCUCAUAAUAUCAAAGCAUACAAACGAACCAAAAGACAAGGUUUAAAAGAGGCUCGCGCUACAGAAAAAUUAGAAAAACAACAGAAAAUGGAAGCCGAUCGGAAAGAAAGACAAAAACAUCAAGAGUACUUGAGUGCCAUUUUACAAAACUGCAAAGACUUUAGAGAAUACCAUCGCAACAAUGUAACUAAAAUUUCUAAACUGAAUAGAGCUGUACUCAAUUACCACGCAAAUGCCGAAAAAGAACAGAAAAAGGAACAAGAACGGAUUGAGAAGGAGAGAAUGCGAAGGCUUAUGGCUGAAGAUGAAGAAGGAUACAGAAAACUCAUUGAUCAAAAAAAAGAUAAGCGCUUGGCCUUUUUGCUUUCGCAAACAGACGAAUACAUUGGAAACCUUACAGAGAUGGUCAAACAGCAUAAAGUUGAGCAACGUAAAAAACAAGAAGAAGAAGAUGAAAAGAAGAAAAAACAAAAACGCAAACGAAGGCGCACUGAUGGAGAACAAUUUGGUUCUGAAAUGGAUGACGAUAAUUCUCAGUUAUCCGAUUUACACGUUACAGUGCUGGAAACGUCGACUGGAAAACAACUUCGAGGAGAAGAGGCCCCUCUGGCGAGCCAGAUCAAUUCGUGGUUGGAAUCACAUCCUGGAUGGGAAGUUGUCGAAGGAAGUGAUUACGAAGAUGACGAAUUUGACGAAGAAGGGGAUGAUGAUGGGUCCAAAGAUGCCGAAGGUAAAGAGAGGACUGAAGAAAGUAGGGCGAAAGCGGUUCUUAGGAAAGCCAAAGUUGAAGACGAUGAGUACAAGAACGCCUCAGAAGAGCACACUUAUUAUAGUAUUGCUCAUACGGUUCACGAAUGUGUCACAGAACAAGCUUCAAUUUUAGUCAAUGGCAGUUUGAAGGAGUAUCAAAUUAAGGGUUUAGAGUGGCUCGUUUCACUUUAUAAUAACAAUUUGAAUGGUAUAUUGGCUGAUGAGAUGGGUUUGGGUAAAACUAUUCAGACGAUCGCUUUGAUUACCUAUUUGAUGGAAAAGAAGAAAGUUAAUGGACCGUAUUUGAUUAUCGUACCUUUAUCUACAUUAUCAAACUGGGUUUUGGAAUUUGAAAAAUGGUCUCCUUCUGUGCUUGUCGUAGCCUAUAAAGGUUCACCAGCUAUGCGGCGUACCCUACAAGCUCAAAUGAAAUCGGCUAAAUUCAACGUUCUGUUGACCACUUACGAAUACGUGAUUAAAGAUAAAUCCAUUUUAGCCAAGAUCCAUUGGAAAUAUAUGAUUAUCGACGAAGGUCAUCGUAUGAAAAAUCACCAUUGCAAAUUGACUCAAGUGCUGAAUACACAUUAUAUCGCACCUCAUAGGCUGCUUUUAACCGGUACACCUUUGCAGAAUAAAUUACCUGAAUUAUGGGCUUUGCUGAAUUUUCUUCUGCCAUCGAUUUUCAAAUCGUGUUCAACUUUCGAGCAGUGGUUCAAUGCUCCUUUCGCUACAACCGGUGAAAAAGUGGAACUGAAUGAAGAAGAAACCAUUUUGAUCAUUCGACGUUUGCAUAAAGUACUUCGGCCAUUUUUAUUGAGGCGAUUGAAAAAAGAAGUCGAAUCGCAGCUGCCUGAUAAAGUCGAAUAUAUCAUUAAAUGCGACAUGUCCGGAUUACAACGUGUUUUAUACAGGCAUAUGCAGAGUAAAGGUGUCCUUUUAACUGAUGGAUCAGAAAAAGGUAAACAAGGUAAAGGAGGAGCGAAAGCGUUGAUGAAUACCAUCGUCCAAUUGAGAAAAUUAUGCAACCAUCCAUUCAUGUUUCAACAUAUCGAAGAGAAAUACUGCGAUCACAUCGGAACAUCAGCUGGUGUUAUUAGCGGGUCAGAUUUAUAUAGAGUAUCCGGUAAAUUCGAACUACUGGAUAGGAUCCUACCUAAAUUGAAAGCAACCAAUCACCGAGUUUUGCUGUUCUGUCAAAUGACUCAAUUAAUGACCAUUAUGGAAGAUUACCUGAACUGGCGCAAAUUCACGUAUCUGCGUUUGGACGGAGGGACCAAAUCAGAGGAUAGAGGAGAGUUAUUGAAAAAGUUCAACAGCCCCGAUAGUGAAUAUUUCCUGUUCAUACUGAGUACUCGAGCUGGUGGCCUGGGAUUGAACUUGCAAGCCGCUGAUACAGUAAUUUUGUUCGAUUCGGAUUGGAAUCCCCAUCAGGAUUUACAAGCUCAAGAUCGUGCCCAUCGUAUUGGUCAACAAAACGAAGUACGUGUGCUGCGUUUGAUGACCGUGAAUUCAGUCGAAGAACGUAUUUUAGCUGCUGCUCGGUAUAAGUUGAACAUGGAUGAGAAAGUUAUUCAAGCUGGUAUGUUUGAUCAAAAGUCCACCGGAUCCGAGAGACAGCAAUUUUUGCAGACUAUUUUGCAUCAAGAUGACGCCGACGAUGAGGAAGAAAAUGAAGUGCCAGAUGAUGAAACAGUGAAUCAAAUGAUCGCUCGAAGUGAAACCGAAUUCGAAACGUUUCAAAAAAUGGAUUUGGAAAGACGCAGGGAGGAAGCCAAACUCGGUCCGAAUCGUAAAUCUCGUCUGGUUGAAGAAGCUGAAUUACCAGAUUGGUUGGUCAAGAAUGACGACGAGGUCGAAAGAUGGUCCUACGAUGAUGAUAACGAACUCAGCGUUACAAUGGGUAGAGGCUCGAGAACUCGUAAAGAAGUCGAUUACACCGAUAGCUUGACCGAAAAGGAAUGGCUCAAAGCAAUCGACGAUACUGUCGAGGAUUACGGUGACGAAGACGAAGAAGAUAUUAAAUUAUCGAAACGAACUAGAAAACGUAAAAAGCGUGGUUUCGACGACGACGACGAUGAUCCUUCGGUCACGUUUCAAAAGCGUAAACGAGUCGACAAAGCUGGUGAAGCGAAACUCAAAAGGCAGAUGAAAAAAGUCAUGGAUGCGGUAAUCAAAUUUACCGAAGAAAUUGAUGGAGAAACUCGAGUACUCAGUGAACCAUUCAUGAAGUUGCCAUCGAGACGUAAAUUGUCUCAUUAUUACGAGGUUAUUAAGAGGCCCAUCGAUAUCAAGAAAAUUCUUUCGAAAAUUGAGGAUGGAAAGUAUACUUGCCUGGAUGACUUGGAAGAUGAUUUCAUCCUACUGUGUAAAAAUGCCCAGGAGUAUAACGAGGAUAUUUCGUUAAUUUAUCAAGACUCGGUUAAAUUAGAAACCGUGUUCUUGAACGCUAAAGAAAGAUUGGAAAGUUUGGAAUAAAGGCGCUGCUGUUUGUUUUUUGUUUUUUAAAAUUUAUAAUUGUUUGUGAUUUUUUCUGAGUUGAAACGUUGAAGUCAAGUAAACCAAAUUUGUUUCUCACUUUAACCAAAUACUUUGAGUACCAUUAGUUUUGUUGUAUCUGUUGUUCUUUUAUGGUAAUAAAUUUCGUCAUUAUGAUUUA